CGCACCCGCCUGCCUCGAUUACUCAACUAUCACGUGACCACGGGCGUCUCCCAGACGGCCUGAGACCGACGCUGUCUAUGACCAGUUCCUCCUCGGCUCUGAACCGCCCUCGUCCUACGGCUCUCGAGGUGCCCUCGCCAAUGUCUUGUGACGUCUGCUUCUGACUUCAAGCCUGUACCGGGACUUCUGGGUUAACAGGUUCAGAUCCCCGCGCGUGAAUAUGAAGACGCCCCUGGUCGUUUAGGGUCUCUGGAGUUACACUCCAAGCCACCACCUCCCGGAUUCUGUUAGGUUCUCUGGAGCUUCAAUAAGUGGGCCUUCAGAUAGGAGCAUUUGGGUCUGGGGGCUCAGGGAAGGGGGAGGGGCCUGGGGCCUCAGGGUACAAGCCUGCGGGAAUCCCUCUGCCUUCCCUACCAAGGGUCUGAGGAGACAGACCCAUCAGUACCUGCGCCAUGGGGACACUGGGGGCCCUUUUUUUGGCAUUGGCUGCAGGCCUGACCUCUGCCAGCCCACCUAACAUUGUGCUGAUCUUUGCUGAUGACCUGGGCUAUGGGGACCUGGGCUCCUACGGGCACCCCAGUUCCACCACCCCCAACCUGGACCAGUUGGCUGAAGGGGGACUGCGGUUCACAGACUUCUAUGUGCCUGUGUCUCUGUGCACACCAUCUCGGGCUGCCCUCCUGACUGGCCGACUCCCAGUUCGUUCUGGCAUGUACCCUGGAGUCCUGGGGCCCAGCUCCCAGGGGGGCCUGCCCCUAGAGGAGGUGACUCUGGCUGAGGUGCUGGCUGCACGAGGCUAUCUUACAGGGAUGGCUGGCAAGUGGCACCUUGGAGUGGGGCCAGAGGGGGCCUUCUUGCCCCCACAUCAGGGUUUCCAUCGAUUCCUGGGCAUCCCAUAUUCCCAUGACCAGGGCCCCUGCCAGAACCUGACCUGCUUCCCACCAGCCACCCCCUGCAAUGGUGGCUGUGACCAGAACCUGGUUCCCAUCCCACUGUUGGCCAACCUGUCUGUGGAGGCACAGCCCCCUUGGCUGCCUGGACUAGAGGCCCGCUAUGUGUCUUUCUCUCGGGAUCUAAUGGCUGAUGCUCAGCGCCAGGGUCGCCCAUUCUUCCUAUACUAUGCUUCCCACCACACCCACUAUCCUCAGUUCAGUGGACAAAGCUUCACAGGGCGCUCGGGCCGUGGGCCAUUUGGGGACUCCUUGAUGGAGCUGGACGCAGCUGUAGGGGCCUUGAUGACAACUGUGGGGGACCUAGGUCUGCUCGGAGAGACACUGGUCAUCUUCACUGCAGACAACGGACCUGAAUUAAUGCGUAUGUCCAAUGGCGGCUGCUCUGGCCUCCUGAGAUGUGGAAAGGGAACGACUUUUGAAGGUGGUGUCCGAGAGCCUGCUUUGGCCUUCUGGCCAGGCCACAUCUCUCCUGGUGUGACACAUGAACUGGCCAGCUCCCUGGACCUGCUGCCCACUCUGGCAGCUCUGACUGGGGCUCCACUACCCAACAUUACCUUGGAUGGUGUUGACCUCAGCCCCCUGCUGCUAGGCACAGGCAAGAGCCCUCGGAAGUCUCUCUUCUUCUAUCCACCCUACCCAGAUGAGGUCCAUGGGGUGUUUGCUGUGAGGAACGGGAAAUACAAAGCUCAUUUCUUCACCCAGGGCUCUGCCCACAGUGACACCACCUCAGAUCCUGCCUGUCAUGCUGCCAGCCCGCUGACAGCUCAUGAGCCCCCACUGCUCUAUGACCUGUCUAAGGACCCUGGUGAGAACUACAAUCUUCUGGAAAGUAUGGAUACAGUCUCCCCAGAGUCUCUGACGGCUCUGAAGCACCUCACGCUGCUCAAGGCCCAGUAUGAUGCAGCUGUGACCUUCAGCCCCAGCCAGAUGGCCAAGGGUGAGAACCCUGCCUUACAGAUCUGCUGUCAGCCAAGCUGCACUCCCCAUCCAGUCUGCUGCAACUGCCCAGACUCCCAGCCCUAAGGGUACUGGCCAAGUUACAGGAGGCCCUAAAGGGUAGUCCAGGGCCCCUCACCCCAUCCUAGGUGUGUGAUGGUUCACCACCACAAGGGCAGGGGGCAAGUGUGUAGUUUGUAUCUGAUAAUGUAAUAACACCCAGCUGAGACUUGCAGGUGUGCUAAUUCAACUAGUCCUUGUGAUAACUCUUGAGGUCAGUGCUAUUCUUCAGUGCUACAAAUGAGCAAAUUAAGGCACAGGGAAGUUCAUGGACUUGUCUGAAUCCAAUAUCACUCCACCAGAAAGAGCUUGAGCUAGGAUUUGAACCCAGAUAUCCUGGGUGUAGAAGCUGCCCCACCCUGAUGAUCUGCAUGUGUCCAUGUACACAUUGCCGGAGCAUGGACACAUUCACAGAAGCCAUUAGUGCAUUUAGAUGCCAGGAACUGAGGGGUGGUAAGAGCAUGAUAGCCAGAAGACCCUGAAGAUGCAAAGCCCCUGGAAGACAGGUUUUCCACAGGAAGAAGCAUUCAUAGAGGCACUGGAGCUGGUCACCUUGGUUCUUACAAGAAAUAUGUCAUCUGGAGUUAGGUGAUAAACUGCACAAUCCAGAUGGGAUUAAGGGUUAGGGUCCUUCCAGAUCCUAUGAGGGAACAUCAGCAGCUCCUGAGACAGCCCCAUUGGGCUUAUCUACCUCCUAAGCCCUGCAUUUCUCCUGUGCACAUAGUCCAAGUCUCCUGGCUUCACUUUUGGUCCUAGACUAGCCAUUUUCUAUCCAUCAAAGUAAAACAUCUGUGGGGGGGGCAUGGGGGCAAUGAGAUGACUCAGUGGUUAAAAGUGAUUUCCAUGUAAGCCUGACUACCUGAGUUCAGUCCCCAAAACUCAUGUAAAAAAAAAGCCAGAUUCAGUGACACGUAUCUGUAAUCCCAACACUCCUAUGGGAGAUGGGAGGGAAAGAAAGGAGAUUUGCCCAGAGUCUUGCAGGCAAGCUAGCCUGGAGUAUAUAUACAUCGUGGGAGGAAAAAAAGACCCUAUGGAAGAAGAGAACCAAAUCCCAAAAGUUGUCCCUGACCCCCGUAUGUGCUCUGUGGCCCACACUUGCCUGCACUUACACACAUACAUUACAUACAGAUACACACAAAAAUAAUAAAUCUUUUUUAAAAAAUA